AUGUACGGUGAGGACUUCCCCAGACAGAGAAAAGAGCUCUCAAAACUGGGCUUUGAGUGGACCGUUCACAGCCUAAGAACCAGGGGUCCUUUUCUACCAGUCUCCAGCGUUCUGGGCAGUGUUCUGGACAGUGUUCUGGACAGCGUUCUGGACAGUGUUCUGGACAGUGUUCUGGACGUUCUGGACAGUGUUCUGGACAGUGUUCUGGACAGUGUUCUGGACAGUGUUCUGGACAGUGUUCUGGGCAGCGUUCUGGGCAGGGUUCUGGACAGCGUUCUGGACAGUGUUCUGGACAGUGUUCUGGACAGUGUUCUGGGCAGCGUUCUGGGCAGGGUUCUGGACAGCGUUCUGGACAGUGUUCUGGACAGCGUUCUGGACAGUGUUCUGGACAGUGUUCUGGGCAGUGUUCUGGGCAGCGUUCUGGACAGUGUUCUGGACAGUGUUCUGGACAGUGUUCUGGGCAGCGUUCUGGACAGUGUUCUGGACAGUGUUCUGGACAGUGUUCUGGGCAGCGUUCUGGACAGUGUUCUGGACAGUGUUCUGGGCAGCGUUCUGGGCAGGGUUCUGGACAGCGUUCUGGACAGUGUUCUGGACAGCGUUCUGGGCAGCGUUCUGGACAGCGUUCUGGACAGUUCUGGACAGCUUUCUGGACACGGUCUGGGCAGGGUUCUGGACAGCGUUCUGGACAGUGUUCUGGACAGUGUUCUGGGCAGCGUUCUGGGCAGGGUUCUGGACAGCGUUCUGGACAGUGUUCUGGACAGCGUUCUGGGCAGUGUUCUGGACAGCGUUCUGGACAGCGUUCUGGACAGCGUUCUGGACAGUGUUCUGGACAGUGUUCUGGACAGUGUUCUGGGCAGUGUUCUGGACAGUUUUCUGGGCAGCGGUCUGGGCAGGGUUCUGGACAGCGUUCUGGGCAGCGUUCUGGACAGCGUUCUGGACAGUGUUCUGGACAGGGUUCUGGACAGUGUUCUGGACAGGGUUCUGGACAGGGUUCUGGACAGCAUUCUGGACAGUGUUCUGGACAGCGUUCUGGGCAGCGUUCUGGACAGCGUUCUGGACAGCGUUCUGGACAGCGUUCUGGGCAGCGUUCUGGACAGCGUUCUGGACAGCGUUCUGGACAGCGUUCUGGACAGUGUUCUGGGCAGCGUUCUGGGCAGGGUUCUGGACAGCGUUCUGGACAGUGUUCUGGACAGUGUCCUGGGCAGCGUUCUGGACAGCGUUCUGGACAGCGUUCUGGACAGCGUUCUGGGCAGUGUUCUGGACAGUGUUCUGGACAGCGUUCUGGGCAGCGUUCUGGACAGCGUUCUGGACAGUGUUCUGGACAGGGUUCUGGACAGCGUUCUGGACAGCGUUCUGGACAGUGUUCUGGACAGUGUUCUGGGCAGCGUUCUGGGCAGCGUUCUGGACAGCGUUCUGGACAGUGUUCUGGACAGUGUUCUGGACAGCGUUCUGGACAGUGUUCUGGGCAGCGUUCUGGGCAGCGUUCUGUUCUGGACAGUGUUCUGGACAGCGUUCUGGACAGCGUUCUGGGCAGCGUUCUGGAUAGUGUUCUGGACAGUGUUCUGGACAGUGCACGAGCAGCGCCUCACGAGCAGCGCCUCACGAGCAGCGCCUCACGAGCAGCGCGUCUUCGAGCGUUUUGCGCGUUUGGUGCGGCGCGUUUUGAGAUUUCGAGCGUCUUGA